AAUUGUGUCUUCCAGUUGUGAGAAAUACAAAAAAAGCCCUAAAAAAAGUCGAACACUUUAGCUUUGACCACCACCUCUUUUCAUGGUUAAGUCCCAACUCUCAAUUCUCUCACUCUCUCUGAUUCAUUUCUUACUCUCUAUCUUCGUUUCCAUGGAAGGAAGGUGAUGAGUUCAUCAAAUCUCUCUCUCUUUAGUCUUUAAUGAUACAUGAUGAUGAAAAGUCAUCUCUUUCCUUUUUGGGCAUAUCAUCCCUUUUCUUCUUUCUCUGCAUAACUCCUCAACCUCAAAGAUCUUUUCUCUCCCAAAAGCUCUUCUUAAUUAAAGCAACUUUUUUAGGGCUUUGGUGUUUAUCUGCUCAGCUCUGUGGUAAAGGAUGCUUCUUGAUUACGGGGAGAGAGAGUGAUAAGAGCUCAACUUUAUGUAAUCUGUAUCUGUUGUGUUUUCUGGUUAUUUUUAUUCUAUAGAGCUCAGAUCACUAUCUGAGGGGAUCGUUGACAGCAUUGGUAACUGGAGUUAAGAGCAGUUUCUUGAAAUCUUGGGUGUUAAGUAGAUAGGUUCCGUUUGAUGGCCUCAAAGUCUGGUUCUGGAGUUCUCCCAGAAAAUAAUAAGCAAACCUCGGAAGCAUCAUUUUCAAAUUCCAGUCAAAGUGUCUCAGUCAGCACAUUGGCAGAUCAAGUAUCUUCGACUUUGUCUUUUGCUCCAAGCAGUAACAGUAAAACUGGUGGUGAAGUUAAACUUAGUGAGCAGUCUGGUCCUGCUGAGAGCGGAAAUAGUAACACAUAUAGACCAAGCACAAGUAGUGAUAUCAGUGAUGAGAGCACAUGUAGCAGCUUAAGUAACAACAACAAGCCUCACAAAGCGAAUGACGUUAGAUGGGAAGCAAUACAAGCUGUCCGAACGAAACAUGGUAUUUUGGGUUUAAACCAUUUUAGGCUCUUGAAGAGGUUAGGGUGUGGGGACAUCGGAACUGUUCAUCUUGCUGAGUUGCACGGAACACGGUGUUAUUUUGCAAUGAAGGUUAUGGACAAAGGGGCUUUGGCUAGUCGUAAAAAGCUUCUUAGAGCUCAGACCGAGAGGGAGAUAUUGCAAUGUCUUGACCACCCUUUUCUCCCAACUUUGUAUAGUCAUUUUGAGACUGAUAAGUUCUCAUGUUUGGUUAUGGAGUUCUGUCCUGGAGGUGACUUGCAUACCCUUCGACAAAGACAGCCCGGGAAGCGAUUCUCGGAACAAGCAGCAAAGUUUUAUGUAGCGGAAGUACUUCUUGCAAUGGAAUAUCUUCAUAUGCUUGGGAUCAUUUACCGCGAUCUUAAGCCAGAGAAUGUUCUUGUGAGAGAAGAUGGACAUGUUAUGCUUUCUGACUUCGACCUCUCUUUGAGGUGUACUGUCAGCCCCACAGUGGUUAGAUCAACUGCUCUCGUGUCUGAAGGGCAAAGGAGCUCAGGUUAUUGUGCCCAGCCCGCUUGCGUCCAACAGCCAUCUUGCAUUUCCGCUCCUACAACAUGCUUUUCUCCGCGAUUUUUCUCAAGUAAAUCCAAGAAAGACAAGAAGAUGAAAAAUGAAACUGGAAACCAGGUUAGUCCGUUGCCUGAGCUCAUUGCUGAGCCUACAAGCGCUCGUUCAAUGUCAUUUGUUGGCACACAUGAGUACUUAGCUCCUGAGAUCAUCAAAGGUGAAGGGCAUGGGAGUGCAGUUGAUUGGUGGACUUUUGGAAUCUUUCUGUACGAGCUAUUGUUUGGUAAAACCCCGUUUAAGGGUUCUGGAAACCGAGCAACACUCUUUAAUGUUGUGGGUCAGCCUCUGCGUUUCCCUGAAUCUCCAGUAGUCAGUUUUGCUGCUAGGGAUUUGAUUAGGAGUCUGCUUGUGAAGGAGCCUCAGCAUAGAUUAGCGUAUAAGCGUGGUGCAACUGAGAUGAAGCAACAUCCUUUCUUCGAAGGAGUGAAUUGGGCAUUGGUUCGAUGCGCCAGCCCACCAGAGAUACCGAAACCCGUUGAUCUUGAGAGUGCUCCUGCUACUCCAGCAGCAGCCACAUCUACCAGUGUCAAGACUGACCAGAGUUAUCUGGAGUUUGAUUUCUUUUGAGAACUUUCAGUAAGGAAACUGCCAAUAGAUUGUAUCAAAUUGUUCUCUGCAGUCUUCAAACCCGUUUAGUGAUUUGAAAAUGUGAUAACUCUUCAAUUCUUUGUC